AUGGAUUGGGCUGCACUUGGUGGUCGUUUGGAUGUAUUGCAAUGGCUGGACGCCAAUCGGAAUGACGGGUGCUCACCAGAGGCUGUGAAUAGUGCCGCUGAAGCAGGUCACUUCCAGAUUUUACUUUGGCUGAAUUCGCACUAUAGUGCUCAGUGGACGUCCCAGGCGAUGGAUUAUGCAGCACAAGGGGGCCAACUUGAAAUCGUGAAAUGGAUGCACGAUAAUCGCACGAAGGUAGCAAACACCACGGCAGCUAUGAACUCGGCAGCCGAAAGUGGACAUCUCGACGUAGUGAAAUGGCUGCAUGGAAAUCGUACUGAAGGUACGACGUCUGCUAUGAACAACGCAGCGGCAAAUGGUCACCUUGACGUGGUAAAGUGGUUACAAGUAAACAGAUCCGAAGGAUGUACGAGUCGUACUACGACGCGUGCAAUGGAUUUAGCCGCGGGUGGAGGACAUUUGGAGAUGGUGCGGUGGUUGCCCAGUAAUCGUGCGGAGGGGUGCACUACGGAAGCUGUAGAUGGCGCUGCUUCUGAAAGGCAUCUCGAUGUAGUGAAGUUUCUAUAUGUGAAUCGCACGGAAGGAUGGACCACCUGAGCACUUGGAGGUGCCGAAGCUCGGGGAAUGGAAGAAGUUCUGCAAUGGAUUCAAGGGCCGACUAUUGAACUCUGUGAUCCAGUAGCGGAGGACUCGUAACCGACCACGUGCUAGGUGUUUUCAUAACAACAGAUUAAUUGUCUGGGAAAUGGUGGUUGUAGGAGUGAGAAAGCAGAUAACAGAUGACAAAUGGAAGAUUCGUAGUAUU